ACACGAGGAUUUCACUCCAUUCUGAGUUGCUUGGCGGGAGUAGUGACUUUAUUCAGCGUUGACCAACAUGUUCCCAUCUCCCCGAUCACAAGUCGGAGUGACAGCUCGGCGGCCGAUUACUAAUCGGGUACCUGCUGGAAGGAAGAGUCUCGGACCUGGAGCCGUCGGGAUCUCUUUACCUUCUCCGGUGUUCUCACCUGCUGGCAGUAGAGUCACGAUUGGUGGUUCCUGGUCAACUCCAACAAAAGUAGUCCUGCAUCCAGUUGCUGUUGAGGCUGUCAAUUACAAUGCUCAGCUUUUUGGAUCAUCUCUACCAGUCAAGGUCAUGGAGGCAUUGGCAAAUGCUGAUGCAGAUUUACUUCUAAGUUUCAAAAUCUGUGACUUUGGAUGGGCUUGGUUAGUAUACAGUGAUCGCGUUACAGUUUGGAAGAUCAGCCAGUCUCCAUCUGCAAAGCUGGUGUGUAAAGAUUUGCAGCUCCCCUCUAGCAAAUUUCAAUCAUCUGCGGAACUAGUAGCUGUAUCUGCUCACACAGGGGAUCCCUCAUCUGCACAGUCCGUUGCUGUAAUGGCAGCUACAAGUGAAGGAACAGUCCGUUACUGGCCAAGCCUCUCACACGAAGAUAUUUAUGUUGAAAUUAAUACUGAUUUUGGUGGUUCUACUUGUGCAUUUCUUACUGCUGUAAAGACUGGCAGUUUCAUACUGUCAUCAGCAAAGAAUCAGCUUAUUCGAUUAAUGCCAGACUCCUCUGGAAAGAUCCACCAGCGUUUCCUGCAGCAAGGGCAAAGCAUGCUGUUUGGUAUUGGCCGCAGGGUUUCGUCUCUGUUAGGCAUUUUAUCUCCUACUGUGGAAUCCUGUCUUCGCAGUGUCCUCUGGGAUAAAGGAGAUUGCUUAUACACUCUCACUGAUACCAGUAUUGACAAAUGGGAAAUGGAUGAUAACUCUGAAUGUCAUAUUCUAAGUUGGGACUUCAGUCGGCUGAUUAAAGAAAACAUUUCUGAUGCCAUUUGGGGUUCUGAAAGUAAUUAUGAGGUUAUCAAAAGUGGAAUCCGAAUUGCUUACUUGGAUUUAAAUUAUAAUGAAGACGGUUUAGUUAUUCUGGCUGCUGCCUGGCAUCCUGGAGAUAACCCUUGCCUGAUCUAUUACACCCUUGUGACUGUAAAGGAUGAAGGUUACAACUUUUCUGAUGAAGUUAACAUUGAAGUCACUCAGUUCAACCCACUGUUUGAGUCUGAAGAAACGUUGAUUUCUCACCUUAUGGUUCCCAACUUUGCUAGCCAGUCGUCUUACAUAAAUACGAAAGAAAUUGUUUUUGUUUGUUCCACGGGAAGUAGGAGAGGCACUUUCCCACAGGAGACUAUUUCAUUUGAAGGUCAGGGAGAUUAUAUAAUUGGAGCUGGAACUUGUGCUGAUCUGCCAAUCAUUUUUACCAGGAAGAGUGGUCUUCUUACUAUAGUUCCUCGAGAAAAUGCAUCGGGAUUGCUAGAAGAAGUGGAAGAUGCAUUGUCAUCAUCACUGGCUGCCAUCAGCAAUCAGGUUGCACUGAUGGAAAAGGAAGAAACAAUUCAUCAAGAUAAGACAAAGUUGCUGAAGGCUGCCUUUUUGCAAUAUUGCAGGAAGGAUACAGUUGGGGCGCAAUGCAUGGUUGACAGUCUAUUCUCAACUGCUAUGGAUUUGAAAACCGAUAAAGAAUUAGACCAAGCUGUUGCACAGAUAAGCAUGGACUUGGUGGAUGACUAUCCUGCUUCUGAUCCUAGAUGGGCAGAGUCGGUACCUGAUGAAGCUGCUAGCUUAAGUAAUACGUCUCUAAUUCUUUUGCAUCAGUUGGAAGAUAAAAUGAAAGCACAUUCAUUCUUUGUGGACUUUCUUCAUCAGGUUGGGCUGUUUGAUCGUUUAUACACCUACCAAAUGAGAGAGCUUGUCAUGGCAACUCGGCUGUUGCUUUGUGAACAUGCUGAGAAACUGUCAGCUGCAAUUGUUCUGAAGAAUCAUCACACUAGGUUCCCUAAUCUGGUUAACUCUGCUAUACAGCUGGCACUGAACAAAAGAAUGUGUUCUGUUUCACAAAACCUUACUGCUGCUGAUGUCUACUUUAGAGAGGUAUCCCAGAUGGAUACAAUAUUUGAAUGCUUUGUAGACCAGGAGGAAGCUGAGCUGCAAAACACAACUAUGGACACUGCAGACUGGGCAAAUGUAGUUCUCGAUGUGAAUAUGAUUCUAAAGGAUAUGCUGCACGCUGCAUGUCAGUACCGGCGGAAUAAAGCAUCUCUUUAUAAAAGUGAGCAUAUGAAAACAGAACCAGAGUAUAUCUCAUGGACUGCUUCUGUUGGUAUUCGUACAGUUAUAGUACGUCAGCACAGCAUAAUUCUUAAGAAAGUCUACCCUCAGGCUGAUUCUAUACUCCGUAGUGAGCUCACUGAACAGCUGGCAUCCCUGUUGAAUUAUUUUCUUGAUGAUUAUGUCACUCAGUUGAAAUCUGUGGAUCAGCCAUCUGACCAAGAACGAUACAGUGCUCUUGAAACCGAGUAUGUACAGAAGAGAUCUGAACUGCUGACUCCGUUUUUGACUUUGGGACAGUACCAAUGGGCAUCUAGUCUUGCUGAGAAGUUCUGUGAUUUUGAUAUUUUGGUGCAGAUAUGUGAAAUCACCGACAGUGAGAACAGGCUGCAGCACUAUAUGACUCAGUUUGCUGAUCAGAAUUUUUCAGAUUUCUUGUUCCGCUGGUAUUUAGAGAAAGGAAAGCGUGGAAAGCUUUUGUCUCAACCAGUUUCUCAGCAUGGACAUCUGGCUUCAUUUCUGCAAGCUCAUGAACAUCUUAGUUGGUUACAUGAAGUUAACAGCCAAGAUUUUGAACAGGCACACAGAACACUGCAUAACCUCGCAGACAUGGAGAGACAGAUCUUUAGUAAGAAAAAGACAUUGUUAGCACUGAGCAAAUUGGCUGCUUUAGCAUCUGAUUUCCGUGAAGAUAUGUUACAAGAUAAGAUUGAAGAGGUUUCCGAUGAGGAACCGUCUGGUGCUGAUCCUAUUUCCUCUAUGUUGGUAGAACCGAAUCUGAUCUCCUCUGUUAGCAAGGAGGAAAGCUUUUCCUGGAGAUCUCAUGAGAUUACAGAUAAGAACGAGAUUCUAGAGGGGGAAAAGAUGGAAUUAAACAUGAUGCCUGUGCUGACACCAUUAGAAUUAAUCAAGCUAUACAUUUGUGAGGAGAACAAAAAGGCAAAUGAAAAUGAUUUCAAGAAAGCUCUUGACCUGCUGGAAUAUAUCCAUCCACAGGAAGAUAUCUACUCCAAUGAAGUAAAGCAGGAAAUACUUUGCAAAUCUAUAAAAAAAGACACGUGGUCUACUUUAGAUGGCAAAGAUGACCCAUUAGAAGCCUCAAGAAACUUCGUUUUUGUUAAAGUGCUCCAGAAGUUAGUAAAUGAAGGCAAAGACCUUAAAAGUUACUUACCAGAUGUAAAUGCUCUUCUUCAGUCAGAUGAACUUGGCUCUUUGAAAUCAAAUCGAUGUUUUGAGUUUGUUCUGAAAGCAAACUAUGAAUUUUUUUUUAAAGAACGUGUCUAAUUAGUUUGUACAUACCUACCAUUUUGUU